AUGACCAAGCUCAGCCUUUUGGCCCUUAUCGGCGCUGCCGCCGCUCACCCUUCCUACGGUGGUCACUCCAAGUUCCACUCUAAGCCCGCCGCUGGCACUGGAAAGCCGUACCCUACUGGUGGCUGGUCUGGCAACUACAACAGCACCCAGGUUCCCGCCGGUACUGCUUCCUACGAGGAGGGCAAGACUUCCACCAUCGAUAUCACUACCACCUCUACCAGGACCAUCACCUCUACCAUCUACGGCACCCCUGCUCAGUCUGCCGUCGUUGAGAACGUCUCUUCCAAGCCUGCUGGCGAACAGUGCGGUCCUGCCACCGUGACUGUCACUGCUACUGACAAGUACACCGUCACCGUCACCCCUGGUGUCUCCUCCGCCUACUCCACCGGUGUUGUUACCUCCUCCAUCGCCCUGCCUUCUUCCAAGGCUGGCGAGUACGAGGCUUCCAGCUACAUCGUUGUCUCCUCCACCCCUGCUGCUGAGAAGCCCUCUUCUUCCAAGCCUGCCGUUGCUACUUCCUCCAAGGUUGAGGAGUACGAGGCCCCCACCCCCUCUGCUUCCGUCCCUGCCAUCACCUCGGUCGCCGAGAGCGCCUACAGCACCGCAGUCCCCUCCUCCACCGCUGCGGCAUCUUCUUCCGCUGCCCCUAAGCCUUCCGGCGCUCCCACAUACACCGGAACCAAGCGUGGUCUUGCUUACAACGACGGCGAGCUCUGCGCUUCCUUCGGCUCCAACUUCGGUUUCGCCUACAACUGGGCUCAGACCGAGAGCAAGGAUGUCGGUGCUCCCUUCAUCCCCAUGAUGCACAAGCUUUCCGACUCCACCGCCGAGGCUUGGUUGGCCAACGUCGAGAAGGCUGUCAAGGCCGGCUCCAAGGCUGUCAUGGGUUUCAACGAGCCCGAUCACGUUGACCAGGCCAACAUGAGCCCCGAGGUCGCCUGCUCUGCCUGGAAGGAGUACAUGAACCCCAUUGCCGCGUCUUAUCCCGAUGUCACCAUUCUUGGUCCCUCGGUCACCAACGGAGGUGCUCCCAUGGGUCUCGACUGGCUCACUCGCUUCCACGACGGCUGCCCCGACGCCAUCGUCCACGCGACCAACAUCCAUUUCUACGACAUCUACGAGGAGGCCACCUUCGACCGCUUCAAGGCCCAGGUUGAGAAGGCCGCUGCUGACUACGGCAAGCCUGUCUGGAUCACCGAGUUCGGUCUCAACCCCGGGUCCGCCUCUGAGGAGCAGGCUGCGACCUUCCUCAAGAAGGCUAUGGACUUCUGCGAUUCUUCAAGUGUCGUAGAAGGGUACUCAUGGUUCAUGGUCGGCACUGGUGAGAACCAGCUCAACACUGCCAGCGGUCUUUCCACCCUUGGACAGGUCUACGCCGGCUCCUCGUAG